CCGAAUGUACUGAAAUUAACGCCGGUUUAAUAUUGUGUUGAAUCAGCCAGCAAUGUACGAUAUAUGAAAGUCUUCUUGAUUAUGGUAGUUCCACUAAAUUAUCAUCAUAUUAAAAUUAUUGUUGAAGUUCAAUUUAAAACAAAAAGUGCACUGAGUGAAUAGUGUGAAGAUGGCCGCCAAACGGAGUUUAGUAGAAGUGCCGCUAGGUGAAUGGAAAAAAUUACGCGCGCUUUUUAAAAAUAAUUGGCCAAGGCAUAUUCUGCCUUUCAUCGCUAUUGAAAACUAUGAACGCUUGAAAACGACUCAUAAACCCGAUACUAAAAUAUUCUGCUUAGACAAUGAUUGGUCAGAUGGAACAUUUAUACUCAAGGACGAAUCUAAUGUAACUAUUUACACUUUGCAAGAAUCUUGUGAAAGACUUUAUGAUGCAUUAUUAUUAUUGGACUGGUCUGAGGGAAUACUACUACAUCCUUUCGAUGUUGCACAUCGAGAUGUUUUAGAAAAAGUAAAAGCAAAAUUACAUUUAAGAACAAAUGAUGGAUAUGUUAGCGAUGGAGCUUCUACUAUGUAUUGGAUGAGCCGAGAGAAGGCAUUGCUAUUAGACGAUGAACCACCCAGUGAUUGUGAGUUUCGAAAUUUAGAGGAUAAAGAUUCUUUUAUAAUAAAUAGUUUGUGGCCACAUGGGACUCCUGAAUCAGAGGCUUACAUAAAAUUGAUGAUUGCAAUAAAUCCAACUCGAGGUUUAUAUGGCAAAGAAAAGAAUGAUCUCAGAUCAUGGAUACUAAGCCACACAAAUGGUGUUUUAUUAGCACUUCAGACAUCUCCAGACCAUUUACGAAAAGGAUAUGGUGAGUUAACAUUGAAGAGCAUGGCUAAGUUGAAAGCUAAAUUAGGACAAGAUACAAUAGGAUGUGUUGUACCUGGAAACGUAAACUCCCAUAACUUAUUUAAAAAACUGAAUUUUACAGAGAUUGAAGCAAAGUAUUGGACUGGAAUGAAGUCAUUGUGA